CGCAAUCAUUUUUUGGGCUGUCUGUGUACUGGCACAAAUAUGGCGGCUUUGUUGAAUGUUGUACGUUGUCCGGUCCCCGGAUAAGAAAGAUGUUUUUAUGUAUGAACCGCUCGUAUGACUCGGCGCCAAGAGAAUAACUCUACUGCCACCAAUGCUGAAUUGAGGUCUUCGCGUUUUGUAAAGAUACUGUUUGAUUGAAGUUCUUGGUGCACGAUAAAAUGCAAUCAUUCAGCGAAUUUUGCGGGGAAAAGAAUACAACUUUUGUGGUGUGGAAUACUACUGGAAAAGACUUUGGCCAAUGUUUUGAAAACUUAGCACUAGUUAGCCCGCUGAAUAGUCUCCUCCUUUGCACAAGUAUUUAUUUUAUUAUAAGGACACCUCGAGUCUCGCUGAUCACUCAUCUUCCAUUGUUGGCCAAACUCAGUUUGCCUUUGUCGUGUCUGAUUUCGCUCGAAGCAUUAAUCGAAUGUAUUUGCACCGCACUUCUAGAUAGUUACCAUCCUCCCGCUUUGCUACUGGCCGAUGGACUUAUUUGCAUUGCCUGGACCGUCAAUACCAUUGCCAUCUGGAAACUACAAAAUUUUUUCUUACCUGGGCAUCGCUUACCCCUUCCACAAGAUUUGGCAACGGUCGUCGCAUUUGUGGCAUCACUGUUCCAAGUUUAUUCUGUUUCUUUGUCCUUACAUCAUGAACAGUCAUUCAAUGACAAAAACUUGAGUGCAAAAGAUUAUGGCGUCAUCAUUAGGUCCUUAUUGCAGUUGGUCUAUUUGGUGUUACGAGUUCCCUGCAGAUCUUUACAGUUCACUAAUGCAAAUAAUAAGUACACAUCUUUUGGUCAAAUCCAAGGUGAUGCACAAUCAAGUGAGCGACAAUCAUUACUAAGAUCUAUAUCUAAUCAAACAUUUUAUAGCAGUACUCAGUGUGUUUCGGAUGACCUUGGGAUAGCCGAAGAUGGUGCUAAUUGCAUUUCUAAACUAUCAUUCUGGUGGGUGCGUGGGUUGAUGAAUAAGGGUGCCAAAGGUCACCUGCAAAAUGCAGAGGAUUUAUUCCUCUUGCCAAAGAGCUUACAGACUGUUCACUUGAGGCAAAAGUUUCUAAAGGAAUUUUACUGCUCUAAAUCGCCAGCUCCUGAGGCCCAAAGCAAACGAAGGACAACAAGUAGUGAAACAUCUGGGUUUAGUGACAGUGGGGAAAUUGAUGUUGGAUUCAGUGGCAAUGAUGAAGUCUUUGAGCAAGGAACAAUAGUAAAAAGAACUCUGUUGGGGGGUCUUCACUAUGCAUUUGGUCUACAGUAUUUUUCUCUUGGGAUUCUCAAGCUGUUUUGUGACUGCCUUGGGUUUUCUGGGCCUCUGUUACUGCAUGCUCUUGUCUCCUUCAUGGAAAAUAAAACGGAGCCUGUUAUUCACGGAUACUACUACGCUAUGGGUGUACUUGUUUCUGCCUUGCUGACAGCUCUCACCAACUGUCAUUUUACUUAUUGGGUGCAUAAAAUCAGCUACAAAAUCAGAGCAGCCAUCAUAACGACAGUCUACCACAAGACCCUGGCUGUCAGCACCACUUCACUUGGCAAGUUUUCAUCUGGAGAGGUGCUAAACUUCAUGAGCACAGAUACCGACCGGGUUGUUAACUUUGCUAAUAGCUUCCAUCAAUUCUGGAGUCUGCCAUUUCAAAUUGCAGUUUCGCUUUACUUACUUUACCAGCAGGUUGGCUUGGCAUUCCUAGCAGGACUGGGAUUUGCUCUUCUUCUUAUUCCCUUGAAUCGAUGGCUAGCCAUCAAGAUUCAGAAGUAUAGCACAGAGAUGAUGACUCAAAAGGACAGCAGAGUUAAGAUAAUGAAUGAGAUUCUAUAUGGCAUACGGGUCAUCAAGUUCUACGCAUGGGAAAAUAAUUUCAAGAAUAAAGUCAACACAUUCAGGAAUGCAGAGUUGAAGAGCUUAAAGGGGCGCAAGUAUCUAGAUGCGUGGUGUGUUUACUUCUGGGCAACAACCCCUAUAAUCAUCUCAAUCCUUACCUUCACGACAUACGUUCUGAUGGGAAACCAGCUCACAGCUGCAAAGGUUUUCACCAGUGUGGCGCUAUUUCAAAUGCUCAUCACUCCUCUGAAUGCCUUUCCCUGGGUCAUUAAUGGCAUGAUGGAGGCCUGGGUCUCAGUCAAGCGCCUCCAGGCUUUUCUCACUUUGGAAGAGCUAGACCCUGAUAACUAUUAUAUUGAUAUGUCAGCCCAAAGUAAUGCAACUGGUGAUGCUGUCCAGAUUGUUGAUGGGCACUUUAGCUGGCGUUACAAGCCACCGCAACAGGAGGCUAAAGAAACAAAAGAUGUUGAAAACUUACCAGAGAUUGAGACCGAAGUAAAGUCAACAGUAGGAUUGCUGAGUGGCCUUAACCUCUCAAUUCGUAAGGGUCAGUUGAUUGGAGUGAUAGGUGGAGUGGGUUCUGGUAAGAGCUCCUUGCUGUCUGCCUUGACGGCGGAAAUGGACAAACUAACUGGCCAGGUAUUCGUGGCUGGACUGGAUGGUGGAUUUGGACUUGUUGCUCAGGAGCCCUGGAUUCAACAUGCUACUGUGAAGGAGAAUAUUCUAUUUGGCAAACCCUAUGACGUGGACAAGUACAGUGACGUCAUCAACGCAUGCGCACUGAGAGAGGAUUUGAAAAGCCUUCCCGCAGGGGAUGACACUGAGAUCGGAGAAAACGGAGUCAACCUGAGCGGAGGACAGAAAGCACGAGUGGGCCUUGCACGAGCAGUAUAUCAGGAUAAGAGUAUUUAUCUAUUGGAUGACCCGCUGGCCGCCGUAGACGCACACGUGGCGGCUCACCUCUACAAGCAUUGCAUCACAGGACUCCUACGUCAUAAGACCGUCAUUCUUUGCACGCAUCACACCAAGUUUCUUUCCGGCGCCGAUCACGUGAUCGUGAUGAGCAACGGCACCGUCAUGCACAGCGGGCCGCCUAGCGAGAUCCUCAGCAGCGAGCGAAUCUUGAGGCAAAUAUCGCGUGACGUAUCACGUGAGCGUUCGCUGGACGGAAAGGAGGGAGGGGAGGAUGGGGAAGAAAAUGCUGAUGAGCCAACUGGUGAUGGGAGGCUGGUGGAAGAGGAGGCGAAGGAUGUGGGCGCUGUCAGGCUGCACGUGUAUGGUUCAUACUGGCGUGCCAUUGGUCAUUGCUUAGCAACCAGUAUACUGCUAUCCCUCCUUUUAAUGCAAGGAUCACGCACCAUCGGUGAUUGGUGGCUCGCAUACUGGAUAUCCCACUCCAAAAUCGAUCACACAGAUAACGCUACGACUAUCACGCAUCACGCUCAUGAGAGCACGCAUCCCGAGGCCCUCUACGCUGCGCCGUUGCUAAGGGGCGUAAACAUCAAGAAGAAUACUCUCAAUUUCUAUCUUGUUGUGUAUGCAGGGAUCGCUGUGGCGAACACGGUGUUUACUCUGUUCCGCGCAUUCCUGUUUGCUUAUGGUGGUAUCAAGGCUGCAAAGACCAUACAUCAGCGACUUCUCAGCAGCAUCUUGGCUGCACCCAUUUCCUUUUUCGACAUUACGCCGAUUGGAAGAAUUAUCAAUAGAUUCUCCUCUGACGUGUACUCCAUUGAUGACAGCCUGCCCUUCAUGCUCAACAUUUUCCUGGCCCAGGCGUACUUUGUAGUAGCUUCUAUGGUGAUCACGUGUUAUGGGCUUCCCUGGAUGGCGCUGUUGGUGGCGCCUCUCAUGAUCAUCUACUAUUAUCUACAGGGUUACUAUAGGAAGACCUCCAGAGAGUUAAAGCGUAUUAUUACCGUCACCGAGUCUCCCAUAUACGCGCACUUCUCCGAGACCCUAACAGGGCUAAGUACCAUUCGUGCUCUGCGCCACACCCAAAGAUUUCGCACUGAGAAUGAAGAGCGCUUGGAGGUGAACCAACGAGCUAAUUACUGUGAGAUGGUGGUGUAUGUGUGGCUGGUGCUGCGUCUACAGGGCAUUGGUGUCGCCAUCAACGCGGGCGUGGCAUUCCUUGCUGUGCUCGAACAUCAUUUCCACACAGUUGAUCCAGGGCUUGUUGGGCUGGCCAUGUCUUAUGCUCUGUCAGUCACCCAGAGUAUUGCCGACAUGGUAAACUCUUUCGCUGAGACAGAGAAACAAAUGGUCAGCGUCGAACGUGCCGAGCAGUACAUUACCAGGAUACCUGUGGAAAAGCCUGGUGGUUCGAAGUUAUCUUCGUCAUGGCCCACCCAUGGACGUAUUCGCUUCCAUAACAUAGUUCUUGUCUAUAGACCUGGGCUCCCCCCGGCAUUGCGUAACGUGUCUUUAGAAAUCCACGCUGGAGAAAAGGUUGGUAUUGUGGGCCGGACUGGAUCUGGUAAGUCAAGUCUCUUCCUGGUCUUGUUCCGCAUGGUGGAGGUGGCUGAGGGUGCGGUCAUACUGGAUGGGGUUAAUAUCGCGUCGCUUCCGCUGGACAAGCUGAGGUCUCGACUAGCCAUCAUUCCACAAGAUCCGUUUCUUUUCAGUGGAUCCGUACGCGACAACAUCGACCCGUGGGGAAAGUGUUCGGACAGAGACCUAUGGAUGACACUUGAGCGAUGCCAUCUCCAGCAACCAGUCAGCGAUCUAGGUGGCCUUGAUGCUGAAGUUGGUGAGCGCGGGCGUAAUUUCUCCGCUGGUCAGCGCCAGCUAGUGUGUCUCGCAAGAGCUAUGCUAACUCGUGCAAAGAUUCUCUGUAUUGACGAGGCGACCGCUAGCGUGGACAUGGAGACAGACCGGUUUAUCCAGCGGACCAUACGGGAGGCAUUCAGGACGAGCACAGUGCUAACAAUAGCACACAGAAUCGACACAGUUAUGGACAGCGACCGUGUGCUGGUGAUGAACAAAGGGACUGUUACCGAGUUUGAAAAGCCCGACACGCUAAUGGCCAAUCAGAACUCACUGUUUUACAGUCUUGUCCACAGUAGCUGAGAUACUUGUACAGGGUAAGAUACCUAGAGAUACUUUGCUAGUUCCCCGGAUAAUGUUGUUCUUAUACCUAAUUUACAAGUUUUUGUAAUAAUGAAUGUUAAUCUUAAGAGAUGUAAAGGCACUAGCUAUCGGGUUUGUUUCAAAGGUCACAUCUUAUUAAAGAGUACAAUUCAUCCUA